AUUAUCAAACUAUGUCCACUGUCAAAGGUGAUGAAAAUGAGAUGCACAUAGAAAUUACUAAUCACCCAACUUUUCCAACGUCGAUGAAAAUUCAAACUAAGAGACUGCGAUUUGAGCUGACUGUUUUACGAUUCCGAAGCAUCCUUGAGAAAGCAGUCACCAUUUCUUAAGUUCCUCUUCUCAUUUCUGGAUUCUGCUGGCUAAUAGUAGAUCCGACCCGAUCCAGGCUCUUCGCAUCGUGAUAGUUGCUGAUCUGGAGUCUGAUCUGCCGGGUUGCAGCCAUGCCGGUUGCAGCUUCUGCAAUAUACUUCAUAAAUCUCCGGGGCGAUAUCCUUAUCAACCGCCUCUACCGCGAUGACGUCGGGGGAAACAUGGUAGAUGCCUUCCGUACUCAUAUAAUGCAGACAAAAGAACUUGGCACAUGUCCAGUGAGACAGAUAGGAGGCUGCUCUUUCUUGUUUAUGAGAAUUAGUAAUGUCUAUAUAGUGAUUGUUGUCAGCAGCAACGCUAAUGUUGCUUGUGCUUUCAAGUUUGUUGUUGAGGCAGUAUCCUUGUUUAAAUCAUAUUUCGGUGGAGCUUUUGAUGAAGAUGCCAUCCGCAACAAUUUUGUUUUGAUCUAUGAACUUUUGGAUGAGAUAAUGGAUUUCGGUUACCCCCAAAAUCUUUCACCUGAAAUUUUGAAACUCUACAUUACUCAGGAAGGUGUGCGCUCUCCAUUUUCGUCCAAGCCUGUUGAUAGGCCAGUCCCCAAUGCAACGUUACAAGUCACUGGUGCUGUUGGCUGGCGCAGGGAGGGACUUGUAUACAAGAAGAAUGAGGUGUUUCUGGAUAUUGUGGAAAGUGUCAAUCUUCUCAUGUCUUCUAAAGGUAGUGUUCUACGGUGUGAUGUUACUGGAAAAAUCCUCAUGAAGUGUUUCCUUUCUGGGAUGCCCGAUCUAAAAUUGGGCUUAAAUGAUAAAAUUGGCCUUGAGAAAGAGUCACAACUAAAAGCCCGGCCAACCAAGAGUGGAAAGACUAUUGAGCUUGAUGAUGUCACUUUCCAUCAGUGUGUAAACUUGACACGAUUUAACUCAGAGAAGACUGUCAGUUUCGUUCCUCCUGAUGGUGAAUUUGAACUGAUGAAGUAUCGUAUUACUGAAGGUGUAAAUCUUCCUUUCCGUGUCUUGCCAACUAUCAAUGAAUUAGGGCGGACACGCAUGGAAGUGAACGUAAAGGUUAAGAGUGUCUUUGGUGCUAAAAUGUUUGCACUUGGAGUUGUGAUUAAAAUUCCAGUACCAAAGCAAACGGCGAAAGCAAAUUUUCAGGUGACAUCAGGGAGAGCAAAGUAUAAUCCCUCUAUUGACUGUUUAGUCUGGAAGAUACGAAAAUUCCCUGGACAGACUGAGUCAACACUGAGUGCUGAAGUAGAGUUGAUUUCUACUAUAGCGGAGAAGAAAUCAUUGACUCGGCCACCGAUUCAAAUGGAAUUUCAGGUUCCCAUGUUUACAGCAUCUGGGCUACGUGUUCGUUUUCUAAAGGUGUGGGAGAAGAGUGGGUAUAACACUGUUGAAUGGGUUCGUUACAUUACCAAAGCUGGCUCCUAUGAGAUUCGGUGCUAGGAGAGGGAGAGGGGAGAGAGAGUACUAACCAGUGCUGUUAAAAUUCUCUAUAAUUGAGAAUUUAAAGCAUUCUAUGGAACUUCAUCACACCUUGCCUUCAAGUAGAUGCAUGCAACUUCAAAACUAUACAAUAUGGAUGUCUGCUAGAGCCUCUCAUAGUGUAAAGGCUAUCUUAUUCUAUAUGGACUAAAGUGUGGAGUGCAGGUUCUCUUAUUUUUUUAGCCAUUGCUCUCUGUAAUUAUUACUUCAUGGUUUGUUCAUCAUACUUUGGUGAUAUUUAUUGUAGUUCUUUUCCAUGAUCCAGAAAAACAGUGAUAAUUAUUUCAUGUGCAUUUUUUUAAUUGAAAGAACCGCAUCCAUUAGCUUCGGACCCUUGUCUUCUUCCCCUUCAUAGACGCAUGCCUUGAAAGAUGUUAUCC